AUGGCACGUCCCAUCCUACUCUUGGGAGCUUGCGCCUUUGCUCUGAUGAUUUCUAUGGUUUCGUCAAGUGUGGUCGAGCAUACUUUUACUGUGGCGAACCAGACACUCAAGCGACUAUGCAGCGAACAGGAGGUGACAUUAGUGAAUGGAGAGAUGCCAGGGCCCGUCAUAGAAGUAGAGGAUGGUGACACUCUCAUUGUUCAUGUCCUCAACCAGUCACCUUUAUACAUAUCCUUUCACUGGCAUGGACUGUUUCAGAGACGAAGUGGAUGGGCUGAUGGAGCAGCUAACAUAACCCAGUGUGCCAUAGCUCCUGGAACCAAUUACACUUACCAAUUCAACAUUACUGGUCAACAUGGAACUCUUUGGUGGCACUCCCACAGAUCCUUGCUAAGAUCCACCAUGUAUGGGGCUUUCAUCAUCCACCCCAACAGCGCUUACCCAUUCCCCAAGCCCGACAAAGCUUUUCCCAUUAUAUUUGGGGAGUGGUGGAAUGGUAGUGUCGUUACCAUCGACAAUCAAGGUACCUUCGCCGGUACUGGACCAGCCCUUUCCGAUGCUUUCACCAUCAAUGGAAAACCUGGCCAUCUCUACCCAUGCCCAGAAAUAUACAAAACAGAGACUCAUAACCUGACUGUGACACCUGGUAAGACGUACCUCCUCCGCAUCAUCAACGCUGCACUCAACCACCAGUUGUUCUUCAAGAUCGCAGGUCACAAUUUCACGGUGGUCGCCGUUGACGCUGGUUACACCGAUCCAUACGUCACCGAUGUGGUCUUGAGUGGACCAGGCCAAACGGUAGAUGUCCUCCUUGUUGCCAACCAAACUCCCAAGAGUUACUACAUGGCAAUUCAAGGCUACAAUAGCGCGGGCCCGACAACACCGUUCCUUAAUAAAACCGCAACCGCCAUCCUCGUAUACGAGAACUCCACUUCAUCUGUCCCGGAGAUGCCCGUCCUUCCACCCUUCAAUGACACACCCACGGCCUUCACUUUCUAUAGCAACUUAACCAGUCUUACGAACUCGGUGACCAACGUACCUCUCCAAGUGGACGUGCAGAUGUUCAUAACCAUCGGCAUGAGUGUCACGCCGUGUGCCACCUGUAAUGUUCCAGGUCAGAAGGGUGUUCGACUCUCUGCCAACAUGAACGGCAAAUCAUUCCAGUUGCCCACCAAUAUAUCCAUAUUGCAGGCAUUCUUUACGGGUGCGACCGGUGUGUACACCGAAGAUUUCCCAACCCAGCCACUGUUGGCCUUCGACUACACCAACUCCACCAAACUCCUGAACCAGACACAGUUCGUGUUGACCCAAAAGUCAACUAGUGUGAAGAGGAUACCAUUUAAUUCAUCGGUGGAGAUAGUGCUUCAGAACACGGCUAUUAUUACUGUGGAAAGCCACCCAAUGCAUCUCCACGGUUACGAUUUCUACGUGAUGGCCAUGGGGUUUGGGAACUACAACGCCACCGAAGAUGUGAAGAAGUUCAAUUAUUUUAAUCCACAAAAGCGUAACACCGUCGCCGUCCCCGCCGGUGGCUGGGCUGUCAUCAGAUUCCGAGCAGAUAAUCCAGGUACAUGGAUAAUACACUGCCACCUCGAAACCCAUCUUGAGUUUGGGCUGGCUACGGUUUUGAUUGUUGAUGAGGGCCCUACUCCUUUCUAUAAACUCCCUCCCCCACCUUCCGAUUAUCCUCAAUGUUAG